GUGUAUCUCUCAGGUUUUUUGUAUGCGAUCCUAACUAAAGACGACAUGUCUCGUCGAUAAUUUCCUAGCCACUGGUGUAACCAACCAAGAAGACACCAAGUUUGCGACUUUGAUACUUGACGAAUAUGCAUGGAUUUACCGUCCGUCCAACACCACACAACAGGCUCUUCUGUCUCCCUUGCCUGUCUUCAAGAUCUCUUCUUUACCUACAAAUUAAAGCUAAACUAUCAACACCCAGUUGCAGAUACAGCUAUGGAGGUGGUUUUAGCCUUAUUUUAUUUGGACCCAAUGUAUUCGCUCCAAUCUUCAAGAAUAGGAGAAGCUACAGUCAUACCCUUUUGAGAGCAAGCCGUAAAGAGUCUCCUUAUGAAGUUUUAGGCGUUUCUCCUUCCGCCCCUCCUGAUGAAAUCAAAAGAGCGUAUAGGAAACUUGCUUUAAAGUAUCACCCUGAUGUUAAUAAAGAGACAAAUGCUCAGGAGAAAUUUAUGAGGAUUAAGCACGCAUACAACACAUUGGUGAAUUCUGAAUCUCGGAGAAAGUAUGAUGCUGGAAACUCAUCUGGUUUUUCAUACUCUAGUGGUCAGAAAACACAAAGCAGCAAUACCCAAGAUGAAGAAGAUUUUUAUGGACUUGGUAAUUUUAUGAGGGGUUUUCAGAUAACAAUAGGGGACUUCUUUAGGGAUCUGCAAGAAGAAUUCCAGAAUUGGGAAGCGAGUGCUCCAUCUCAAGGGAAGCCAAAGAGCCUAUGGGAAGAAUUGGCAGAAAUAGGGGAAGAAUUUGUCGAAUUCCUAGAGAAAGAGCUCAACAUAACAGAUACAGAAUUUGAAGGAAAUAAAAAUGAUGGAUUUCAAGAAGAUGAUUUUUUUUCCAGUUCUAGCACCAAGAGAACGGGAAAUGGUGCUCAAAAUGAAGAUGGCAAGAGUAGCAGCAUCCAAGAUAACAUUGAUGAGAUUGAAGCUACUCUUGCUAAGUUGAAAAGGGAAUUGGGCUUAUAGCAAGGAAAUGCAGCCUACCACUGUACCCUAAGUUAGAGAUAUUGAAGGUUGAAGGCGGCAAGUGGGGCUACCAAUCUGUAAUCUAGAGUCCAGACAACACUCAGAUAUAGUUAGUUCAUCGUGAGAUCUCAAAAACUCCAGGGCUGACUUCUUCUGAAGAUCUCAUCAGUUACAUCUCGAAGCAGUUAUGGAUGCAAAACAUCCAACUUCCGACCUGAGGACUGCAAAAUGUUGACGGCAGAAGUGCCAUCCUGUCUCUUGCAGUAUCUUUAUGAAUCUGAUGUCUUAAAUUAGACUGGUGACUUGUAAAAACCCUAGAAAGGAUAAUCUAUAAAUGGAUUCGAUUUACAUAAACU